AUGCCGCCUAUUGCAGUGAAGAACAAGUUCCAAUGGAUCAACAAAGAACGUAUCUACUGGGCUCGUCGUUUCCAGGUUCCCAUGUCUGAGGCGAUCCCGAAAGGAUUUCCCGCAGCCACUUCCCACGUCCAGCUCGCUUUCUGCCUUUUAGCUAGUAAAUUCCCCGAGAAGCUAAUUCCCAUCGUGGAAAAGAUCUCUCGUGGGUUCUGGCAAGAGGGUAAUCCAGAGGUGCUCACUGAACCUGGUUUCUCUGCCAUUUUUGAGAGCGAGCUUGGCAUCGAGAACGCCAAGCAGGUUUUGGAUGAGUUGAAUAAUACUGAAGCGAAAGCUAUUUUGCUUGAACGCACACAAGCAGCUUUCAAUUCGGGUUCCUUCGGUUUACCUUGGUUUGAUUGCGUUGACGAUCAGGGAGCGAAGGAAAGCUUCUGGGGAGUUGACCAUUUAGGACGUCUAGUGGACUUCCUGAAACUAGAUGCCAGUCUAGACAAGGCUUUCCGAGUCAUGCUCUGA